AUGGCACGUAGUUUGCAGAGCUCUCGAAAUAUGUAUCGAGUGACUUUGUUGCUUUUGUUUGUAUUCAAAUUCAUCGGUCUGGCAACAGUGACCGUGAGUAGUAAUCAAGGAAACUCGAAGGGAAAGUGGCGGGAAAAUGCGUUACACUUCACCGGCACUAAAAUCGAGAUAGUUUAUAAUAUGUUGCUCAGCUGCUUGAUACUUGCGACGAAUUACGUCACUGUACCAGCUCUGUACAGUGCAGACUAUACCAAUAAGACCAGCAUAACAACGUUGAUGGAAAUAUUUCAGGGUGUGAUAGGCAGCCUUUUGAUUUUCUUGACAUUAUUGUACUACUGUAUGAAUCAAUCGGCUCUCGUCAGAAUCGGGAAUUAUUUGAUCGAGGCGAAGGAUUCGUUACGGCGACUGCAGAAACCGAUCGACGAGAAAAGGGUUUUCCGUCUUUUCUUCGUUGUCUACUUACUUAAUUUCAGCUUAAUCGUCUGCCUUUGGGUUACCGAUGAAGCCGCUUUUCACAAUGCUCCCAUUGUAUGGUUAGCGAACAUACUACCCACAAUUUUCGUAAGCAUGCUUUACAUACAAUAUUUCUCGGUGCUCACCUGCAUCGACGCUGUAUUUUCCAAGAUAAAUUCCACCAUACAAGACAUUCACAAAUCCGGCUACGACGGCGUUCGCCCUAAUAUCUUGCAACAUACUCGUCGCAUUUGUAUCAGCCCCUUAACGGUACAGCUUCUCGUUCAAGUUCGAAACCUUCACGAGCAUCUCUGCGACGUUUCCGGCAAGGUUUCACAGUUUUACGCUCCUCCUAUUCUGAUGGCAACUUUCUUCACUUUCGUCACACUGUUGUACAACACUUAUUACCUCGUCGAACCGUUCCUCAGCACCAGCGAGUACCUGGAUCCCGUGAUUAUGAUAAAUACCGUGUUCUGGCUCUUAGCUCUCCUGUACCCUUUCAAUUUACUAACCAACAAGAUCACCAGUGUCACGAACGAGAUCGAAAGGACCGGAGGUGUUGUGCAUACUUUGUUAAACUGUACGAUCGAUCGAGGAAUGAAAACAGAGCUCGAACGAUUCUCCCUUCAGUUGCUACAUCGAAAGAUCAGAUUUACAGCUAACGGAUAUUUAGAGUUAGACAAUGCGUCUUUUCAAUCGAUGCUCAGCACGGUGACGAUGUAUAUGGUUGUUCUUAUUCAGUUCGAAAUUGGAUCUUCGAAUCCGGAAGAUCUUCAGUGUAACUGUACGAAACAGUAA